CUGUUGUCCGGGUUGCCGUGUGUCAGACCGCAGGGCUGCUGCACCGCGUUGGGUUUUUUAGUUUUAUUUGAAGCUUAUACUGCGACGUUGAAGUUGUUCCGUCAUGGACGUGGCCGCAGCAAACGCAGAAAAUGUCGGGGAGACGGUGAAAGACGAGUUGGCGGACAAAUGUCAGAAGUUAUUCCAGGCGUUUCUGGAAGAGUUCCAGACAGCGGACGGAGAGGUGAAGUAUGUCCGGGAGGCCGAGGAGCUGAUCCGGCCUGAGAGGAACACGCUGCUGGUUAGCUUCACUGACCUGGAGGGUUUCAACCAGGAGCUGGCGACCACCAUCCAGGAAGAGUACUACAGAGUGUAUCCCUUCCUGUGUCGCGCAGUGCGCAACUUCGCUCGGGACCACGGAAACGUUCCACCGAACAAAGAGUUCUACGUUGCUCUCCAGGAUCUCCCCACCAGACACAAGAUCCGUGAGCUGUCAUCCAUGCGCAUCGGUACUUUGGUGAAGAUCAGUGGUCAAGUGGUGAGGACGCACCCGGUACACCCUGAGCUGGUGAGCGGCACCUUCGUGUGCAUGGACUGCCAGGUGGUGAUCAAAGACGUCCCCCAACAGUUCAAGUACUCCCCUCCGACCAUCUGCAGAAACCCGGCCUGCAACAACCGCUCACGCUUCCACCUCGACACUCACAAAUCCAAGUUCAUCGACUUCCAGAAGGUGCGCAUCCAGGAGACCCAGGCGGAGCUUCCUCGCGGCUCUAUCCCUCGCUCCUUGGAGAUCGUGCUGCGGGCCGAGGCGGUGGAAACGGCUCAGGCUGGCGACAGAUGCGACUUCACUGGGAGUCUCAUUGUGGUGCCGGACGUCUCUCAGCUGAGCACGCCUGGUGUCAGAGCUGAGACCAGCACACGUGUCGCUGGAGGCCAGGGCUACGAGUCGGAAGGUCUGCGUGGUCUGAAGGCUCUCGGGGUCAGAGAGUUGUCCUACAGACUUGCGUUCCUGGCUUGCAAUGUGGCUCCCACAAAUCCACGUUUCGGAGGGAAAGAGCUGCGCGAAGAGGAGCAGACGGCCGAAAGCAUCAAGAGUCAAAUGACAGAAAAAGAGUGGGAGAAAGUGUUUGAAAUGAGCCAAGACAAGAACUUGUACCACAACCUGUGCACCAGCCUCUUCCCCACCAUUCAUGGCAACGACGAGGUGAAGCGUGGAGUUCUGCUCAUGCUCUUUGGCGGCGUUCCCAAGACGACCAUGGAGGGAACUUCUCUGAGAGGAGACAUCAACGUCUGCAUCGUGGGCGACCCCAGCACGGCCAAAAGCCAGUUCCUCAAACACGUGGAGGAGUUCAGCCCCAGAGCCGUCUACACCAGCGGGAAAGCCAGCAGCGCCGCCGGUCUGACUGCCGCCGUGGUCCGGGACGAAGAGUCGCACGAGUUUGUCAUCGAGGCCGGAGCGCUGAUGUUGGCGGAUAACGGCGUCUGCUGCAUCGACGAGUUUGACAAAAUGGACCUGAAGGACCAGGUGGCCAUUCAUGAAGCCAUGGAGCAGCAGACCAUCAGCAUCACCAAGGCUGGAGUCAAGGCUACCUUGAACGCCCGCACCUCCAUCCUCGCCGCUGCAAACCCCGUCAACGGCCGCUACGACCGCAGCAAGAGUCUGAAGCAGAACGUCAACCUGACGGCGCCCAUCAUGAGCCGCUUUGACCUCUUCUUCAUCCUGGUGGACGACUGUAAUGAGGUGACGGAUUACGCCAUCGCCAGGCGGAUUGUGGACCUGCACUCUCGCAUCGAAGAGUCAGUGGACCGGCUGUACUCUCUGGAUGAGAUCCGGAGAUACCUGCUCUUCGCCCGCCAGUUCAAACCCAAGAUAUCCAGCGAGUCCGAGGAGUUUAUCGUGGAGCAGUACAAGCGACUGCGGCAGCGGGACGGCUCCGGCGGAGUCACCAAGUCGGCCUGGAGGAUCACGGUGCGGCAGCUGGAGAGCAUGAUCCGCCUGUCGGAGGGGAUGGCUCGCAUGCACUGCUGCGACGAGGUUCAGCCCAAACACGUGAAGGAAGCGUUUCGCCUGCUGAACAAAUCCAUCAUCAGAGUGGAGACGCCGGACAUCAACCUGGAGCAGGACAACGAGCUGGAGGAGGAGCCGGAAGAGGAAGAGGAGGCUAACAUCCCUAAUGGAGUGAACGGCCACGUCAACGGGAUAAACGGCCAUGUCAACGGUGUGAAUGGUCACGUGAAUGGAAUGAACGGUCACACGGACGCUCAACCCAAACCAUCCCUGCGCCUGUCAUUCGCCGAGUACCAGAGAAUCUCCAACUUGUUGGUCCUGCAUUUACGCAAAGCAGAGGAUGCUGAGGAAGAGGGCGAGCUGAAGAAGAGCGCGGUGGUGAACUGGUAUCUGAAGGAGAUCGAGUCAGAGAUCGAUUCAGAGGAGGAGCUGAUCAACAGGAAGGGCUUGAUCGAGAAGGUCAUCCACAGGCUGGUGAACUAUGAUCACAUCCUCAUCGAGCUCUCUCAAGCUGGACUGAAGGGUUCAGAGUCUGCGAGCACAGAAGAAGAAGCCGUCCUGGUUGUCAAUCCCAACUACAUCCUGGAAGAUUAAACUCCUCUGCUUUUCUGUUGUAUUUCAACAAACACAGUUUCAUUGUGUUUGUGCUCAUGUAACAAAACUGUUGCAGAGAAAUAGUUCAUCUCCACUGUAUAGACGUUUGUGGCCGACCGUUUCCUACACAACUGUAAAUAUGCUGCUCGCUUUUCUCAACGUAAAGAUUGAUAAAAUACCUGUAUCUGAAGGUAAAAUAAAAUCCAUUUUCCUGUUUAUGUACCUU